AUGGCGACUACAACUUCUCUUGAGUUGGCAAAUAUUCGCUCCGGCGAUAUUGGAGAAGAAUCAUCUUCCAUCGAUGCGCUACCACCUACUGAUCGAGGCCGUGGAGCUUAUACAGCUCUCGCUUGUUGCACUAUUGCCCAAGCACCCAUCUGGGGAUAUUCCGUAUCUUUUGGCAUCUUUCAGGAGUACUACACUGCGCACUCCAACCUGGAAGCCUCCCCAAGCGCAAUCGCAUCAAUCGGUGCAUCUCAGACUGGAAUCAUGUACCUCAUGAUGCCUCUCACCUUCAUCGCUCUAAACCGCCUCCCACAUCUUCGUAAAUGGUGCGGCCCGCUCGGUCUGGUAAUCACCAUUAUCAGCUUGACGUCUUCGGCAUUCGUUGACAACGUCGCGGGCCUCAUCGCUACGCAGGGUGUUUUAUACGCCAUUGGAUGCAGUUUGCUUUUCAGCCCUAUCUCGCUCUACAUGGAUGAGUGGUUCGUCGAGCGCAAGGGUUUUGCUUACGGGGUUAUGUGGGCUGGCAAAUCCACUGUUGGUGUUGCUAUGCCUUUUCUCUUCAACGUCCUGCUCGAGCGCUUCGGUCUCAGGGCGACGUUGAUCUCAUGGACGGUAGCGUCAGCAGCAUUAACAUUACCAACGCUCUUCUUCCUGAAGCCCCGAGUUGAAGUCAGCCGUGACUCUCGUCCUCGUCCCAUCAGCUUUGCAUUCCUGGGGUAUACUUCGUUCUGGAUGCUUCAGUUUGGCAUCAUUGUCCAGUCUCUGGGAUAUUUGAUGCCGAGUACUUACUUGGCUAGCUACGCCAACGCAAUAGGACUUCCAUCCGUUACCGGACCGAUCCUGCUGGCGCUCUUCUCACUUGCGUCGGUGCCUGGGUCACUUAUUCACGGAAUGCUAGGCGACAAAGUCUCUGCUGCCAAAGUGAUCCUGGUCUCUUCUUUCGGAAGCGCCCUUCCAGUCUUCCUCCUUUGGGGUUUGAGCCGACACAUCAGCACUAUGGUUGUCUUUGUGAUUUUCUACGGUUUCUUUGCGGGAGGGUUCAGCGCGACGUGGUCAGGAGCUCUGCAGGAAGUCAAAGGGGACAACGAAAUGAUCGAUACGUCUUUAGUGUUUGGUAUGCUACUAGGGGGCCGUGGUCUGGGUUUUGUCGUUGCUGGUCCUUUGAGCGGUGCGCUCAUCUCGGCUGGUAGUUCGCUGGCAGCGGGUGAUAGCCUUGGCUAUGCGACUGAGUAUGGUCCGAUGAUUCUUUGCACUGGUAUCACAGCAGUUCUGGGAGCAUGGGCGCCUAUCUGCAAGAUUACGAAGACGAUGGGAAUAAAGGGACUCGGUAAAUGCAUGAGAGUGGCCGUCUAA